AUGAUCCAGUCUGCUGUUUUUGCCUCCACCUCCAUGGUUUUUGGUGAGAUGGCGCUGCUGGACUACGGCCGCGGGGCAGAGUGGCCCAGGCUCACCGUGAAGUUGCGGGCGUACCGAGACUACGUGGAGCGAAUGUUGGACUCUCAACUCUGCGACUUCGUGCUCUUCCUGGAUGCCUACGACGCCGUCGUCACCGGAACAGAGCGCGAGAUCAUGGACAGGGUCUUGGCCCUCGAGGCCCGCACCGGAAAGCCCAUCCUCUUUGGGGCCGAGACCGCGCCGGAUAAGUACCAGGAGGCCUUUGAGGACCUGGCCAAGGCCCAGAACGUGAGCACACCCUGGCGGUAUCUCAACUCCGGCCUUAUGGUCGGUCGAGUCUGGGCACUCCGCAUCUUCUUGAGGGAGAUGCUCCACGACCGUCCCAAGGAGGACCCGACGCCGGACCAGGUGCUGUGUGCGAACUUCAGCCUGUUCAGGCGCCCGGACCUGGUUGGCUUGGACUACGACACCGAGCUUUUCUUGAAUGCCUUCGGAAUCGAGGGCAUCUUGGACGGUGCUUGGGCCUGGGAGCGAGGUCAGCCCAGGGGCUCCGUGGCCCUCGUGGAGUCGGGGGGCAAGAGGUGGAUCGAAAACAAGGUCACCAGGAGGAGGCCGGUGGUCUUUCACUUCCUUGGCUCAGCAAAGUUCUCCAAGAGGGCGCCUUGCCUCAAGAACCCCUGGUUCAUCUGCUACCGAUCCUUGCCUUUCGAAGUGGUCCGACUGCUUCUGCCGGAGGCCUACGCGGGCUGGCGCCUGGACACGAUGCAGGACUUGUUUGACGACUUGUCCACGCCCUGGCUGCCGCGAUGGAAUGGGGAUGACUACCUGCACUUCCAGAGGACUUGGAGCCUCCUUCAGAAGAUGAAGCUCAGAGAACGAAUCAUCAGCUACCUGGUGCUCUUGGAUGUUGCCUUUCUGGCUGCAUUCGCCUGGCACCGCUUUCGGCAGCGUGGCCAAGACCCAAUGGCAUGGUGCAACUGGUGCCUUCCCAGGUUCAGACUCCGACACUUGAAGACGGACACCUGUGACGUGUGA